AUGCUAACUGGACAAUCAGGGAGUUUGGACGAACCACCAUCGCAGCUUUAUGAAAAUGGAAUAUACUAUCGCACCAUGGUGACGGGCAAACCGCAGGCCAUAGAAGUCAGUGACCUUGAUCUCACGCUAGACAAGAAAACGCUAUUCACUGACCUUGACUUUUCAAUGAGUUACGGUGACAAGGUCACGAUAGUUGGAGAGAACGGGUGUGGGAAGACUACCUUUUUGAGACUGCUAUGUGGGUCUGACUCACUACCAUACUCGGGCACAAUCGAGAUUGAGGGAAGCAUUGGAUUCCUGCCUCAGCAUUUCGAGGAAGUCGACGGCAACGAGUUGGCUAUUAAAGUCCUGCUCAGGUCCCUCUACGACGAGGACAUUGACGAAUUCUUACAGACGUCGGGCGAGCCUUUCUCAUCAGAAUGGCUGCAAGAACUCAAUACCCUAGGAGGUCAUGAGAUAUUUCGACAGUGCUCUCUAAUAGGCUUAUCGGAGGCAGUAUUGAAACAACCUUUCAAGCGCCUGAGCGGCGGUGAGAAGACCAAGACUCUACUUUGCGCUCUCAGCAUUUUAGAACCCGAUUUCAUUUUGCUCGAUGAACCAACGAACCAUUUAGACAAUAGGGGAGUCCAAUGGCUGGAAUCUUUCUUGAAGAGGCACACAGGAGGGGUCAUUAUGGUGACCCACGAUCGGAGUUUGAUUAAUACGGUAUCCACCUUUAUCUCUGAACUGUCACCGUACACCAAGAAAUUCAAGCAUUUCAAAGGAGGUUACAAACAUUACUUAGAGGAAGAGGAGAAGCUGCGAAAGAGACUUGCCGAUGAGAGGCAGUUUCAAGAUAAGGAACUGAAAAAAUUGAAGGCUAAGGCUGUCCAAGCACAAUCUAAGGUCAAAGCUCGCAUUGUCAGAUCUGGUGCGGACAGAGAUAAAUUGAGCUACAAUAAUAAAGAACAGAGAGCUCAAAAGAGUACCACAGGUCUAGUGAACCAGCUCUCCGACAAAGUCGAAAACCUCAAUAACAGUUUAGUGGAGGUCAUCCCCGAACGGUCACAGGUGACCUUUGACUUCGAUGAUCUUCCUGCCUUUAGUUCUAUGCUGGCGCUCACCGUCUCGCAGGUAUCAAAGUCUUAUGAAAAGCCAGUUCUAAACAAUGUGUCUUUCACUCUUACGAAAGGUGACAGGUUGAUAAUCCAGGGGCCCAAUGGUUCGGGUAAAACUACACUAAAUCGAAUAAUACUGGGUCUGAUAGAACCAGACACUGGCUCGGUUUCUAUAAGUGGCAAUGCUGUUGUGGGUUAUCUUGAUCAAGAGCAAGAAAACCUACCUCUGGAAAAAUCCGCAAUAGGGCUACUGGAGGACGAUCCAUCGAUAAAUGCGACCAAGCAGAAGGCCAUCAGCAAUUUGCAAAACUUUGGGAUCUACAAAUGGCACGACCUCAAGACGCCAUUGAAGUCUUUGAGUGUAGGAUGUCGGCGCAAAGCGCAGCUUUCUCAGCUUAUCAUGAGAAAGUGCUCUAUUCUCAUUUUAGAUGAACCGACUAACCAUAUCGAUUUCCCCAGUUUGGAGGUGAUCGAAGACGCAUUACUAAAUUUUCCUGGCAUUAUAGUCGCCUCGACUCACGACAGGUAUUUUACCGAAAAACUGGCCACCAAGGUAAUAGAUAUUUCAAACGGCUCCACUUCGCAGGUCGAUCGAGAAUGA